AUGAAUAUUCCGAAUGAAGCUGCUACAACAAAUCCACCGGAACAAAUUCAUCUAUCAUAUCAUGGAAAACCACAGGAAAUGGUUGUGCAAUGGAUUACACAGAAGAAUUUUGACAAGAAAACGACAGUUCCUUAUGUCAUUUACACAACCGAUUUAAAGAACAAACCAAGAGCUUUUGGGGCAACGGAGAAAUGGACAGAUGACGGAAAAUCGGCGAUCAGUCGUUUCACUCAUACUGUCGUGCUGACGGAUCUCAUUCCUGGAGCCACUUAUUACUAUAAUGCGGGAAGUGACGAGGGAAUGAGUAAAACUUUUGAGUUCAAAGCAAUGCCGACUGAGGGAAAGAUUCGUGCUGCCGUUUUUGGUGAUUUCUCCCAAGUGGCCCCGGUGACCGGAUAUGAUGCCUUGUUGAACUACACUGAAAGCAAUCUUUUGGAUAUCAUUUUUCAUAUUGGUGACAUUGCCUAUGAUAUGGAUGCGAGCAAUGGAAAACAUGGAGACGAUUUCAUGAAAUGGAUUGAACCGAUCGCUGCCCGCGUUCCCUACAUGGUCGUGGCUGGGAAUCAUGACGGAAAUCAAGAUUUCCUUCAUUACAAGAAUCGCUUCUCAAUGCCACCAAAUGGAUAUUAUGAUGACAAUCAAUUCUGGAGCUUUGACCUUGGCAUUUCCCAUUUUGUCGGCCUCUCCUCAGAAUAUUAUUUCCUCGAUAAGUCAACUGAAGCAAAAACCCAACUCACGUGGCUACAAGCUGAUUUGCAAAAGAAUUUGAAGAAACCGUGGACUUUUUAUUUCAUCCAUCGACCGAUGUAUUGUUCAGGGAAAAAGAAGACAACUUGUGAUGAAGAAGAAUUCACGAUUACCCGAAACGGUGAUUCCAAAUUUCCGGGUCUUGAGACUCCGUUGUUCGUUGGUGGAGUCGAUAUGGGAUUCUGGGGACAUCGGCACACAUAUGAAAGAUUUUACCCGCUCUAUCAAGAUCGAACGUACGUGCAAAAGGACGCGAACAAUUUCCACGAUUCGCCGACUCCGAUUUAUCUCAUGAAUGGAGCUGGAGGUCCUCUUGAUCACGAGGACACGGCCUCUUUGGUCCCCAAACCCUUCAGUGUCACUCGAUUGCCCGAUAUUGGAUUCAUCUAUUUGGAGAUCGAGAACGAAACAACCGUGAAAACCUCAUUCAUCCCAUCAAUUUCUCCCUUCACUCCAAUCGAUCGAUUUUCGUUGACCAAAACUGCUGGCUAUAAACCAGGGCAAGGAAAA